UUGAAAGUAAACAUUGAUGUUAAUGUUGAAAAUAGGUUUUAUAAAUCAUUGAAAGAAAUCCUGGAAGAUAGAGUAGAAGUAAAUAAGCUCAAAUCGAGAGUGAAUCAGCUGGUUAGAGCAACAAUGAAUGAGUACGAUAAGGCAAUAAAGGAGGGGAGUCACACAAGUAGCCAACUGGCAACGAAAGUAUCUUCGGAGAUGAGAAGUCGAUUGUAUGACAAGAUGAGGUCGGAGCUGUACAAGUUAAACCACGGACUGUUAAUACAGCUGUUGAGCAAGUCAGACAAGGAUCACCAGGAGGACAUAAAGAAGCUGAGCAUAACGGAGACGAUAGAAAACGAUUUGUCGAGUUUGAUCAGCAAGUACGAUUCGAACUACUGCAGCGUGCUGAGCAAAAUCAAGUACGAAAUACUGAAGGACUUUAAGCUGUACGACGCACUGACGCAGUCACUGAGGAUGGACUUGGCGUACGGGUUGAAGGAAUACUCAAAUAGGAUCAUGGGAGAGGUGAUAAAGAGGGGGAUUUACUACUACAAGUUCUCGGCACUCGACGGAAUAAGGUUCCUGCCGUCGCAGAAAGUAGUAGGCUUCGUGAAGAAGGUGCUAAACUUGAUCAGUCUGCCGACGAACAUAAGAAUAAGCUAUCUGAGUCCAAGCGCAUUCGGAUUGUCGAAUUUAUUCAAGUGGGUUUGUAGAUAG